CAAUUUUUGAAGAGAUUUGUUAAUGAAAAUUCAUGAUAUCCUUUUUUUCGUUCUUUAGGGUGUUUAUAAGAAUGGAAGUGCUGUUUCCUUGCCAGAUUCCUUCGUGCUAUAGCUCAUGAACCUCUGUAAUCUUGGGGAAGAGCCUAUAUUUAAUGAUGACAAACCUGUCACCAGUGUAGCAACAACAGUGUGAGGACAAAAACAAAAAUUAAGAAGCGUUCAAAUUUAUAUUCAACAAGGAAGUCAUUUCAAUCAACAACUUCUGCUGCAUUAUUUUUCCAAGAUGAACCGAUACACAACAAUGAGACAAUUGGGGGACGGCACGUAUGGGAGUGUGCUUAUGGGCAAGAGUAAUGAAUCCGGGGAGCUGGUGGCCAUCAAAAGGAUGAAGAGAAAAUUCUAUUCUUGGGAUGAAUGCAUGAACUUGAGAGAAGUUAAGUCUCUGAAGAAACUUAAUCAUGCCAAUGUUAUUAAAUUGAAAGAAGUUAUCAGAGAAAAUGACCAUCUUUAUUUUAUAUUUGAAUAUAUGAAAGAAAACCUCUAUCAAUUAAUGAAAGACAGAAACAAGUUGUUCCCUGAGUCAGUCAUCAGAAAUAUUAUGUAUCAAAUAUUGCAGGGGCUGGCUUUUAUCCAUAAACAUGGCUUUUUUCAUAGGGACAUGAAACCAGAAAACUUGCUUUGUAUGGGUCCAGAGCUUGUGAAAAUUGCUGAUUUUGGACUUGCAAGAGAAUUAAGGUCACAGCCACCAUACACUGAUUAUGUCUCUACCAGAUGGUAUCGUGCCCCUGAAGUUCUACUGAGAUCUUCAGUUUAUAGUUCUCCCAUUGAUGUGUGGGCUGUUGGAAGUAUCAUGGCUGAACUCUAUAUGUUAAGGCCACUUUUCCCAGGGACAAGUGAGGUCGAUGAAAUCUUUAAAAUUUGCCAAGUUUUAGGGACUCCCAAAAAAAGUGACUGGCCAGAAGGAUACCAGCUGGCAUCCUCUAUGAACUUCCGUUUUCCCCAGUGUGUUCCUAUAAACUUAAAAACUCUUAUUCCCAAUGCCAGUAAUGAAGCUAUUCAGCUCAUGACUGAAAUGUUGAAUUGGAAUCCAAAGAAACGACCAUCAGCAAGCCAGGCAUUGAAACACCCAUAUUUUCAAGUUGGUCAGGUAUUAGGCCCUUCCUCAAAUCAUCUGGAAUCAAAACAGUCUUUAAAUAAGCAGCUGCAACCAUUAGAAUCCAAGCCAUCUUUAGUUGAGGUAGAGCCUAAGCCUCUGCCGGAUAUAAUUGAUCAGGCUGUUGGACAACCCCAGUCAGAAACUAGCCAGCAGCCACUGCAGCCCAUUCAGCCGCCACAGAACCUGCGCGUCCAGCAACCUCCAAAGCAACAGAGUCAGGAGAAACUGCCACAAACGCUAUUCCCGAGCAUCAUCAAAAACAUGCCAACUAAGCCAAAUGGCACACUGAGUCAUAAAAGUGGUAGGAGGCGUUGGGGUCAGACUAUCUUCAAGUCUGGAGAUAGCUGGGAAGAGUUGGAGGACUAUGAUUUCGGAGCCUCCCAUUCCAAGAAGCCAAGCAUGGGUGUUUUUAAAGAAAAAAGGAAAAAAGAUUCUCCAUUUCGGCUUCCAGAGCCAGUACCCUCAGGCUCCAACCACUCGACAGGGGAAAACAAGAGCUUACCUGCUGUUAUUUCCCUAAAAUCUGAUUCCGAAUUGUCAACUGCUUCAACCUCUAAACAGUACUACUUGAAACAAUCAAGAUAUCUUCCAGGUGUGAAUCCCAAGAACGUGUCCUUGAUAGCCAGUGGAAAGGAAAUAAACCCUCACACUUGGAGCAACCAGUUAUUCCCCAAGUCACUGGGACCUGUCGGGGCAGAACUUGCUUUCAAAAGGAGCAAUGCAGAAGAAAGCAUAAUUAAACCAAUCGAAAAACUAUCAUGCAAUGAAACUUUUCCUGAAAAAUUAGAGGACCCACAAGGAAAUCUUGGAAGUUAUGCUACUUACAAUCAGUCAGGAUAUAUUCCUUCCUUUCUCAAAAAAGAAGUGAAGUCAGCUGGCCAGAGGAUCCACUUAGCACCUCUCAAUGCAACGGCUUCAGAAUAUACCUGGAACAGAAAAACUGGUCGGGGGCAGUUUUCAGGACGUACUUACAAUCCUACAGCAAAAAACCUAAAUACUGUGAACCGUGCACAGCCCAUUCCCUCAGUGCACGGAAGGACAGACUGGGUGGCCAAGUAUGGAGGCCACCGGUAGGAGUCUGUAGUGUGAAACCCCACAGCAUUGCUCCGUAGAGAACGUGCAAGUUCCUUGACCCUGGGAAAUGUCUACAAAUGUCUAUUUCUACUGAGUUCUGGAAGAAAUAUGCAAAAGUGGUACUUGGAAGAGCAAAAAUCAUCCCCUAUUUUAUUUAUUUCCAAGAAAUGCAUUUUCUUAGCAUCAUUGCCCACAGUGUUGAUAUAUGGGUAGGAUGUUACAAAGUAUUGAAUAAACUAUUUGCCAAAGUAUGAAGUAUUUGAUCUACAAUUUAAUAAAUAGUAAAUCCAAUAAGACCCCUUAAAAAAAAAAACUUGCAGAAAAUGUUUAGAGUGUUUUAGUUUUCAUUUGUUGUAUGUGCCCAAAUGGUUUAGUAGUUCUUCACUUUGCUGUGAUAGGCUCAAGAGGUUUGUCUUUUGUUUUUGUACAGCAGUUGGGUCAACCUCUGCUGGCUGUCAGCUGUGGUUAUUUGACUAAGGCUCUGCGCUGCCAUUUUGUCAAUGACAGAAAGAUUGCAAUUAUUUGUUUUUCUACUUUGAAGCUAUGGGAGUGAUGGUAAUUUCAAUCUUGAGCUGGACGUCUUUUUUUUUUUUUUUUUUUUUUUUUGAGGCGAUG